GCUCCUGUUCAGAAUCUUCGUAGUUAUUUGUAUCCUACGUUCUAUUGGACACAACUUUGCAAGGGGAAACUACUCAGAAUUUCCUUUCAUCCAGUACUUGACACAUCCGCCCCAAAUAAUUACAAAGCCUCGGAGUCAGUACGUGAAGGCAGGUGGCGUCGCUGCAUUUUUCUGUAGUGCACGUGCUGAUCCGCCUCCCAUAAUACAGUGGAGGAAGAAUGGAAAGAAGCUAUCAAGUGUACAGCCUAGAUAUCAAGUAAACGAAUUUGCCGUUGGGGAGUCCCUACUGAGAAUCGAACCAGUACGAGCCAACAGGGAUGAAGCAGUUUACGAAUGUUUGGCGGAAAAUGGAGUCGGUGAUGCAGUUAGUGCUGAUGCAAUUCUAACUGUUUACGACGUUGACAGUCUACCCGAAGGGUUUCCACACAUCACACAACCUCCGGCAGCUAAUAAAGUGGUUGAAAUUACACAUACCGCCGUUCUCACUUGUGGGGCAAUAGGAAAUCCGCCACCUAAAAUUAACUGGUUUCGGAACAUGAUACCACUCAACGUUACCAAUAACUCUCGAAUUAGUAUUCGUGACGACACCGGAAUCCUUAAAAUUAAGAACAGUGAAGAAAAGGAUCAAGGAAGGUACGAAUGUUCUGCAGAAAAUUCAGUUGGCACAGAAUUUUCCAAACCGGCUCUUCUUUAUGUCAAAGUGAGAAGAGUUCCUCCUCAGAUAACCCGACCACCACCACCCAUUAACGAAGUAGCAUUAGGAUCGCACUUAAAUUUAACAUGUGUAGCUGCUGGUUCACCGAUGCCGUUUGUGAAAUGGAGGAAAGCAAAUGGGGAGGAAGUAGGCUCCGAUCAAGUACUGCCCAUAGGACUGAACACCCUGAUCCUUACAGAUAUUCACGAAUCUGCCAAUUACACAUGCAUCGCGAACAGCUCACUUGGUCUGGCUGAAGCCGUCACUCAAGUCAAAGUGCAAUCUCUACCUAUCCAGCCAUCUAAAGUUCAAGUAUCAGAGACUACAGCCACUUCGGUCAGGUUAAGUUGGUCUUACAAUGGAACAGAAGACGUACAAUAUUACGUUAUUCAGUUUAAGCCGAGAUAUGCAAACCAAGCUUUCAGCGAAAUAUCUGGCAUUAUUACCAUGUACUAUUCAGUUCGAAAUCUGAGUCCCUAUACAGAAUACGAAAUGUUUGUCUCUGCUGUAAACAACAUAGGCAGGGGGCCGCCGAGUGCAACUGUCACCGUUGUUACAGGAGAAACAGGUGGGUAA